GCCAAUUAUUAACAGAAGAAGAAAAAAUCCGACGACGAGAAAGAAGAGCUAAAGCCGUCGGCAGCUAGUUAGCCGUUUCUACAUACGCAGUCUAGCAGCUGCCAGAGUUAAAUGCUGCAUGUUUCCAUUUGCUGAGAAUGAACCCUACAGAUUUCAGGGAUGACCUGAAUACAGAAACCUCCAGCUGCUUUGACCUCUUCCUGCAUCAUCCCAGUUCUGUUGGAUAAAUCAGCCUCUUCCAUCAUCUUGACUUCUACUUGGACCUGUUUUUCCUCCUUGAAAGACUUCAGUGAACUCAACAGCCACCUAGAAAACCUCUUCCUGAACCUAAGGUGACAAUGUAUUGCCUGCAGUGGCUGCUCCCUGUGCUGCUCAUCCCCAAACCGCUGAACCCAGCUCUCUGGUUCAACCACUCCAUGUUCAUGGGCUUCUACCUGCUCAGCUUCCUGCUGGAGAGGAAACCCUGCACCAUCUGUGCCUUGGUUUUCCUGGCUGCCCUGUUCCUCAUCUGCUACAGCUGCUGGGGCAACUGCUUCCUCUACCACUGCCAGGAUGCUGCACUGCCGGACGCUGCCCACGACCCAGCCAUUGUUGGGACCUAGGAGGAAGAGGAGGAGAUAUAAUGGAGAGGAGGAAGUGGCGUAACAAGGGAUUGGUGGGGACUUACUGUAAAAUGAUACUGCCAUGCUGUAAGGAGGAGGCGGCACACAUGGUCCUCAGCCAAAGACUGCAGGAGGCUGUUGGGAAGAAUUCAACAAGCUGGAAACCUCCUGGAGAAAUAUCACGAGCAGAUAAGCAACCACACUUGAAUCAAUGGGAACUGGCAACUUUUGAAUUAAAAGUAGAUACUUCACAGUAGAAACUGAGCUUCAGUCUUUUUAGAAUGGAAACAUUUUGUUCUUCAGAAUGAGCAAACUGUGAGAAAACCGCAGUCAGCAAUAUUCCUCCUCAUGUCCAAACUCUGCACACCGACUCCGGACAAUCAGAGUGAAAUAAUUUUCUCUCAGAUAAAACGCUGAGCUUCCUCCCGUUCCCUCAGUGCUUCACCUCUCUGCCAUGUUUGUGAUACAAACUUUAUUCCCUUUUUUUAAGCUGAUUUUUCUCAUGCAUGAUUUGCUGUUUUUGUUUUUCAAAGCUGUCGAUUCACCCAGAUUUGAAUGAAUUUGAACAAAAUGCUGAAACUUUCCAAAGGGUACAGGAACCUGCGUGAGGGUUGAAUGAAACUGUGUAAAAUGUUUUGUUUUUUGUUCAUUCUGAAGUUGAAAACUGGUGACUAAAGGACACGGGUCAGCAAUUUUACCAACCGUAAGCAAUACAGGAAGCUGGCUUCGGAUGUUCACCUGCAGGAUGUCUAAAGAGCAUUUCUGUUUCCUCAUGUUUCACCGCUCCAAGUGUUAAUGUGUAGCUGUCUGGCUUGUUCUGUGUGAGGAAUGUGUGCAGCCUGUUGCAGUGCUGAAUGUGCUGACUGCGACAAGAUUACUAUGGUUUUAAUUUAAAUAAAGUCUUUCCUCAGUUUGAA